UAGUAAGCCAGCAAGCGCGGAGCCGAGCGAGGAGCGCCUGGGGCGCAGAGUGGCAGUGGUCUGGUGCUGGGGGCUCCCUGAGCUGUGUGAGGCUCGGAUCUGCACCCCACUUCCCGCGCGCUCUCGUCCAGUUGGCUCUCGCUCAGGAGCUCGACGCGUGGGAUCAGAUAUCAUACUCCGGGAUGCUGCACUCCAGGUCCCCGAGGCGUGGCACUGUCUCGGUCAUCAACCGGAGGGAACAUGCUGUUGGAGUGAGAGCUGCUGGGAGGCACGAUGUCUCCCUCAAGGUUGUGCUGGCCAUGGGCUGGCUCCUCCUGGUUGACUUCUCAGGGGCCGCAUCUGCAGUGGCAGCUGAAUGUCCUGACCAGAACCCUGAACUGCAGCCUUGGACACCUGGCCAUGACCGAGACCAUCAAGUCCAUAUUGGUCAGGGCAGGAGACUACUGCUCACCUCUUCUGCCACAGUACACUCCAUCACCAUCUCACAGGGAGGCAAACUUGUCAUUAAAGACCACCAUGAGCACAUCGUGCUGCGUGCCCGGCAUAUUCUGAUUGACGAUGGUGGAGAGCUACAUGCUGGGAGUGCCCUCUGCCCUUUUGAGGGCAAUUUCAGUAUUGUGCUGUAUGGAAGGGCUGAUGAAGGCAUCCAGCCGGACCCUUACUAUGGGCUAAAGUACAUCGGAGUGGGCAGAGGAGGCACUCUUGAGUUGCAUGGACAGAAGAAGCUCUCCUGGACAUUUCUAAACAAGACCCUUCGUCCUGGCGGCAUGCAGGAGGGAGGAUACUUUUUUGAAAGGAGCUGGGGUCACCGUGGAGUUAUCGUUCAUGUCAUUGACCCCAAAUCGGGCACAGUUGUCCAUUCUGACCGGUUUGACACCUACAGAUCCAAGAAGGAGAGUGAACGACUGGUCCAGUAUUUGAAUGUGGUGCCCGAUGGCAGGAUCCUUUCCAUCGCAGUGAAUGAUGAAGGCUCUAGAAACCUGGAUGACCCAGCCCGGAAAGCCAUGACCAAACUGGGCAGCAAGCACUUUCUGCACCUUGGAUUUAGACACCCUUGGAGCUUCAUCACUGUGAAAGGAAAUCCCUCCUCUUCAGUAGAAGACCACAUUGAAUACCAUGGUCACAGAGGCUCCGCUGCCGCCCGGGUUUUCAAGCUGUUCCAGACAGAGCAUGGCGAACACUUCAACGUUUCUUCAACCAGUGAAUGGGUUCAAGAUGUGGAAUGGACGGAGUGGUUCAACCAUGAUAAGGUGCCUCAGAGCAAAGGUGGGGAGAAAAUUUCAGAUCUCCGAGCAGCUCACCCAGGAAAAAUCUGCACUCGACCUAUUGACAUACAGGCCACAACAAUGGAUGGAGUUGCCCUCAGCACUGAGGUUGUCUACAAAAAUGGCCAAGAUUACAGGUUUGCUUGCUACAAUCGGGGCCGAGCCUGCCGCAGCUACCGUGUGCGAUUCCUAUGUGGAAAAUCUGUCAGGCCCAAGCUCACGGUCAGCAUUGACACCAACGUAAACAGCACCAUCCUGAGCCUGGUGGACAAUGUGCAGUCCUGGAGGCCUGGAGACACCCUGGUCGUCGCCAGCACGGACUACUCCAUGUACCAGGCAGAAGAGUUCCAAGUGCUCAGCUGCAAAGCAUGUGCCUCUACGCAGGUCAGAGUGGCAGGGAAGCCACAGUACCUACACAUUGGGGAGGAGAUCGAUGGUGUGGACAUGCGGGCUGAGGUCGGGCUCCUGACUCGGAACAUUGUGGUGAUGGGCGAGAUGGAGGACCAGUGCUACCCCUACAGCAGCCAUAUCUGCGACUUCUUUGACUUCGACACCUUUGGGGGUCACAUCAAGUUUGCUCUAGGAUUUAAAGCAGCCCACUUGGAGGGCGUGGAGCUAAAGUAUAUGGGGCAGCAGCUGGUGGGCCAGUACCCAAUUCACUUCCACCUGGCUGGAGAUUUGGAUGAACUAGGAGGCUAUGACCCACCAACGUACAUCAGGGACCUCUCCAUCCAUCACACAUUCUCCCGCUGCGUCACUGUCCAUGGCUCCAAUGGCCUGUUGAUCAAGGAUGUUGUGGGCUAUAAUUCUUUGGGCCACUGCUUCUUCACUGAAGAUGGGCCAGAGGAACGCAACACUUUUGACCACUGCCUUGGCCUCCUGGUUAAGUCAGGGACUCUCCUCCCAUCAGAUCGGGACAGCAGGAUGUGCAAAGUGAUCACAGAGGACUCAUACCCAGGGUACAUUCCUAAGCCCAGACAGGACUGCAAUGCUGUGUCCACUUUCUGGAUGGCAAAUCCCAACAACAACCUCAUCAACUGUGCAGCUGCCGGGUCCGAGGAAACUGGAUUUUGGUUCAUUUUUCACCAUGUGCCAACGGGCCCCUCUGUGGGAAUGUACUCCCCAGGUUAUUCUGAGCACAUUCCACUUGGGAAAUUCCACAACAACCGAGCACAUUCGAACUACCGGGCUGGCAUGAUCAUAGACAAUGGAGUCAAGACUACUGAGGCCUCAGCCAAGGACAAGCGGCCCUUCCUCUCCAUCAUCUCUGCCAGGUACAGCCCUCAUCAGGAUGCAGACCCGCUGAAACCCCGGGAGCCGGCCAUCAUCCGCCACUUUACCGCCUACAAGAACCAGGAUCACGGAGCCUGGCUUCGGGGUGGGGAUGUGUGGCUGGACAGCUGCAGGUUUGCUGAUAAUGGCAUCGGCCUGACCCUGGCCAGUGGCGGAACCUUCCCAUAUGACGAUGGCUCCAAGCAGGAGAUAAAGAACAGCUUGUUUGUUGGCGAGAGUGGCAAUGUGGGCACAGAAAUGAUGGACAACAGGAUCUGGGGCCCAGGUGGCUUGGACCACAGUGGAAGGACCCUUCCUAUAGGCCAGAAUUUUCCGAUCAGAGGAAUUCAGUUCUAUGAUGGUCCCAUCAACAUCCAAAACUGCACCUUCCGAAAGUUUGCAGCCCUGGAGGGCCGGCACACUAGUGCCUUGGCCUUCCGCCUCAACAAUGCCUGGCAAAGCUGCCCCCACAACAAUGUGACCAACAUUGCCUUUGAGGAUGUCCCGAUUACUUCCAGAGUGUUCUUCGGAGAGCCAGGACCCUGGUUCAACCAGCUGGACAUGGAUGGAGACAAGACGUCUGUGUUCCAUGAUGUGGAUGGCUCUGUGUCAGAGUACCCUGGCUCCUACCUCACUAAGGAUGACAACUGGCUGGUUCGACACCCAGACUGCAUCAACGUCCCAGACUGGAGAGGGGCCAUCUGCAGUGGGCGCUAUGCACAGAUGUACAUCCAGGCCUACAAGAGCAGCAACCUGCGCAUGAAAAUCAUCAAGAAUGACUUCCCUAGCCAUCCCCUCUAUCUGGAGGGGGCCCUCACCAGGAGCACCCACUACCAGCAGUAUCAGCCCGUCAUCACCCUGCAGAAGGGCUAUACCAUCCACUGGGACCAGACAGCCCCAGCUGAGCUUGCCAUCUGGCUCAUCAACUUCAACAAGGGCGACUGGAUCCGAGUGGGGCUCUGCUACCCAAGAGGCACCACCUUUUCCAUCCUUUCGGAUGUUCACAAUCGUCUGCUGAAGCAAACAUCCAAGACCGGGACCUUUGUGAGGACCAUGCAGAUGGACAAGGUGGAGCAGAGCUAUCCAGGCAGGAGCCACUACUACUGGGAUGAGGAUUCUGGGUUGCUCUUCCUGAAGCUAAAAGCCCAGAACGAAAGGGAGAAAUUUGCCUUCUGCUCCAUGAAGGGCUGCGAGAGAAUCAAGAUCAAAGCCCUGAUCCCAAGGAAUGCAGGCAUCAGUGAUUGCACGACCACUGCUUACCCCAGGUUCACCGAGAGGGCCACAGUAGAUGUACCAAUGCCCAAGAAGCUCUUUGGAGCUCAGCUGAAGACAAAGGACCACUUCCUGGAAGUGAAGAUGGAAAGUUCCAGGCAGCACUACUUCCACCUGUGGAAUGACUUCGCUUACAUCGAAGUGGAUGGGAGGAAGUACCCUUGUUCAGAAGAUGGCAUCCAGGUCGUGGUGAUUGAUGGGAACAGAGGUCAUGUGGUGAGCCACGGGAGCUUCAGAAAUGCCAUUCUGCAGGGGAUACCCUGGCAGCUCUUCAACUACGUGGCAGCUGUCCCUGACAAUUCCAUAGUUCUUAUGGCAUCGAAGGGCAGAUACAUCACCAGAGGCCCAUGGACCAGAGUGCUUGAAAAGCUUGGAGCAGACAAAGGUCUCAAGCUGAAAGAAAAAAUGGCAUUUGUCGGCUUCAAAGGCAGCUUCCGACCCACCUGGGUGACCCUGGAGACUGACGAACACAAGGCCAAAAUCUUCCAAGUGGUACCCAUCCCCGUGGUGAGGAAAAAGAAGUUGUAAGGACAGCUACCACUGUUACCAUCCCAGGCUGGACUCCUGCAGCAGCCAGGGACAGGAUGGCUGGGUCCCCUGGUUUUCAGCCCCACUGGGCUAAGGGACAGAUAUCAAAGACCUUGGUGCUGCCACCUGCCCCUACCCCAGUCUACCUGCGGCAACCCCGGGCAGUGUUGGCUGAUGCUACAACCUCCUUUUGGGUGCUUCUCUCCUGUCUGUGCCUCAUCAGUAGAGGCAUGGGGACCACACACAGAGACCUGGGUUGUGCUGGCAGCAAACGGCCACCUGGGCAGGAAUCUGAACCCAGGUAGGAGGUGGUCCAGAUGAUGGGACCACUCACAGAUUUCCACAGUCACUUGCAGACACAUUAAGUGGCAGAUGGCGGGGAGGCCAUCUUGACUCCUGUAAUCGAGGAUAGGGCUUCUUGGGAUUAGGAGCUGGCUGCAGACAGAGCUGGCCAGGGUGGCAGGCUGUGCUGGGGAGGAGAUGGAACCCUCUUCUGGAGGGGCUCCCUUUUCAAGAGACUUCAGCUGGCUCAUUGGAGUGGGGACUAGGUGGCUCCUGGAGGACCUUCCUGGGAUUGCAGAACUCCACAGUGUUUUGUUCGGUGCCUGGAGUCCAGCAGUAGAGGUAAUCCUUGUAGCUGACGUCUCCACUGGGAGUGCCCUUGAAACAGGGGAUGGAGAGGGGAGAGCUCACACUUGGGGGCCUGGGGUCAGCAGAUGACAGGCAGCCGGGUCUCAGUACACUCUGAUACCAGGCUGAGAGGCCAGAAAGAGGUGACACAGAUGACCAAUAGUAGAUGAGAGGAGGGGACAUUCACACCACCCAGGAACAUGGGGGAGGCUUCUUCGGGGAUGCCUGGAUGCUGGUGGGAGGGAAGGACAGAGAUGGUAGAGAGAGAUGAAGUGGCCUCUGGCAUGGCUCAGAAGUGGAAGGCUUUCCUGCCACCACCUGUAGCGUCUGAGUCACUGCAGGUCACCUUUUACCCUCCACAGCUGACCCACGCAUGGUAGGGUCAGCAGAGAGAAAAGGGCUGAGCUGCGAUUUACAGAACCUAGUUCAGGCUGGUUUCCAGCUGGCCGACUGCCACGCCAAGAGAGGGUGGAGUGAUGUUCACAGAUCUCAGGGUCUCCAACGGGCCUCGGUGCACUUCAGCCACGAGCUGAGCAGAAGACUCCAGGAUAUCUGAGCAUGCUCACAGUGAAUCUGGGGUGUCAGAGAUGGAGAGGAAGUCCAGAGCUUUGCACCUAUAUCUGAGGAGAAUGAGACCUGAGAUGAAAGAGCCACACGGCCAGGUCUGUGUGUCCCGAUCUCAGCACCCACUGCCACAUCACACUGCCUCAACAGCGAGCCCGGGGUGUCCAGUGCUCCUGCGGUAGCUGCUGGAGGGGGCAUAUCCCACGCAAGGAGAGAAGUGGGCCAAAUAGAAUGCUCUUCUAUAAAGGGCUUCUUCAUCAUGCUCCCCAGUGCACACACCACACUCCUCUCUAGGCAGCAGCCCUGCCACCUUCAUCUUCUUCACACUGCCUGCCACACUUGGGCAUGGGCUACUCAUGACUGUGGAGUCCUCUUGGUGCUACCUUAUCCCACAGCGGUGCUGGAAUGCCCAAUGGAUAGCGUCAGGAUGUGCCAAUGUGCUUCUGGUGGGCCAAAUUGGCUUUUCGUGGGUGGGGAUCUGAUAGUGGUUGGCUCUGGCCCGGGGUCUCUCAGCUGGUGUGAACCCUGUCUGAGCAAAUAACUCAGAUGCCCAGAUGAGUGGAAACCAUCCAUGUUAAAUAAUCUUCUGAGGUAUUGGGGGUUCCCUGGGGUUCAUGAAUGGCAUGGGUCCCCUUUUCUUCCCAAGCACAAACUCUUUCCAAGACUUUCUUGGUCCUCUCUGCCCAGUUGUGCCAAGGAGCCUUAGUCCCAGCGUCCACUCUCAAGUUUGAGCCAACUCUCAGGGGGUCUUGCUCAAUGAAUAGGUCUUCUAUGCUAGGAGGUGUCUGUGGGUCUCAGCCUCUUCAGACGGGGUUGCUUUAGUGGCCCACAUCAGAGGAAAGACCUCUUCUGGGGAGAUGAGUGGGAGGGGGGAAGGGGAUAAAAGUGACCUCAUAUUUUUCUUGUCUAAGUUUCAUUGGAUUUUCAAUGCGAGGGUCUCACACUGUGAACCACUGAAGAUGCAAUCACUUUCAGGUGGCCGUGAAUGUUGAAUGUCUUUGGCUCAGUUCGUGUCCAGCAAAUACCUAUUGGAAAGUUCUCCAGGCUGCACAUACAUUGAGCAGAAAGGCUUCUCUCCUAAACCAUCCACCAAGAGUCCAUGCCCAGGCAUUUUCUUGGUAGAACAAAUGUCUUUCUUGCUUAGAAAGUUGCUCUUGUCCUUUGUUCGUCAGCACUGCCCUUGAGUCAGGUGUCUUUGAUCCAAAGGCUCCUGAAAGGCUCAUCUUCUUCCUGUUGGCUACACAGCUGGCCCUUUCUCGGAAAUUGUAUGCACAGCAUGUUUUGUAUGUAAAUGUUUCUUGUAGCUGUCGCCAUGAACAAAGGUAUAUUUUUUAUUUAUUUAUUUCAUAUGCACUUCAAGAAGUCGCUGUCAGAGAGGUGAAGAGUCAUCUGCAGUAUUAUGUUAGAGGGUGUCCUUUGGAGCACUGGGAAGGGGUGUGCCAGAGCCAAGGACAUCAGCUCUGGUUUGGCAAAAAUCCUGCUGUACCAUAUUAAAC